UAUAAAUAAUGGGAGUAGCUGGAGCUUAGAGAAAGAGGUUUGUUUGGUGUGAGUGAAUAGGGAUCAGGGAUGUGGAGGCUGAAGAUAGCAGAUGGAGGAAAUGAUCCAUACAUAUUCAGCACAAACAAUUUCGUUGGGAGGCAGACAUGGGAGUUUGAUCCUGAAGCAGGCAGUCCAGAGGAACGGGCCCAGGUUGAAGCAGCUCGUCAGCAUUUCUACCACAACCGCUUCAAGGUCAAGCCCUGCGCUGACCUCCUUUGGCGUUUUCAGGUUCUCAGAGAAAAUAACUUCAAACAAACAAUUCCUCGUGUGACUAUAGAAGAUGGAGAGGAAAUCACAUACCAAAAAGUCACAAGCGCCGUCAGAAGGGGCGCACACCACCUUGCGGCACUGCAGACCUCUGAUGGCCAUUGGCCUGCUCAAAUUGCAGGUCCUCUCUUCUUUCUUCCUCCUUUGGUUUUUUGUAUGUAUAUUACAGGAAAUCUUGAAUCAGUAUUUCCAGAAGAACAUCGCAAAGAAAUUCUUCGUUACACAUAUUAUCACCAGAAUGAAGACGGAGGAUGGGGACUACACAUAGAGGGUCAUAGCACUAUGUUUUGUACUGCACUGAACUAUAUAUGCAUGCGAAUGCUUGGAGAAGGACCUAAUGGAGGUCAUGACAAUGCUUGUGCUAGAGCAAGAAAGUGGAUUCGAGAUCAUGGUGGUGUAACACAUAUACCUUCAUGGGGAAAAACUUGGCUUUCGAUACUCGGUGUAUUUGAUUGGUGCGGAAGCAACCCAAUGCCCCCAGAGUUUUGGAUCCUUCCAUCUUUUCUUCCUAUGCAUCCAGCUAAGAUGUGGUGUUACUGUCGAUUGGUAUACAUGCCUAUGUCUUACUUAUAUGGGAAGAGGUUUGUGGGUCCAAUCACACCACUCAUCUUACAAUUAAGAGAAGAGUUGUUUACUCAACCUUAUGAAAAAGUUAAUUGGAAGAAAGCGCGUCACCAAUGUGCAAAGGAAGAUCUUUACUAUCCCCAUCCUUUGAUACAAGACCUAAUAUGGGAUAGUUUAUACAUAUUCACUGAACCGCUACUUACUCGUUGGCCUUUCAACAAGUUGAUUAGAGAAAAGGCCCUUCAAGUAACUAUGAAACAUAUUCAUUAUGAAGAUGAGACUAGUCGAUACAUAACCAUUGGUUGUGUGGAAAAGGUUUUAUGUAUGCUUGCUUGUUGGGUGGAAGAUCCAAACGGAGAUGCUUUCAAGAAGCAUCUUGCAAGGGUCCCAGAUUACUUAUGGGUUUCUGAAGAUGGAAUGACCAUGCAGAGUUUUGGUAGCCAAGAAUGGGAUGCUGGCUUUGCUGUUCAAGCUUUGCUUGCCACUAACAUAAUUGAAGAAAUUGGUCCUACGUUUGCAAAAGGACAUGAUUUCAUCAAGAAGUCUCAGGUGAAGGAUAAUCCUUUUGGAGAUUUUAAAAGUAUGCAUCGUCAUAUUUCUAAAGGGUCUUGGACAUUCUCUGAUCAAGACCAUGGAUGGCAAGUUUCUGAUUGCACUGCAGAAGGUUUAAAGUGUUGUCUACUUCUAUCAAUGUUGCCACCAGAGAUUGUGGGAGAAAAGAUGGAACCUGAAAGAUUAUACGAUUCAGUCAAUGUCUUGUUGUCGCUUCAGAGUAAAAAAGGUGGUUUAGCAGCAUGGGAGCCUGCAGGAGCUCAAGAGUGGUUAGAAUUACUCAAUCCCACAGAAUUUUUUGCGGACAUUGUAGUUGAACAUGAAUAUGUUGAGUGCACUGGAUCUGCAAUCCAAGCUUUAGUUUUGUUCAAGAAGCUAUAUCCAGGACAUAGGAAGAAAGAGAUAGAAAAUUUCAUUACCAAUGCAGUUCGAUUCCUUGAAGAUACACAAACAGCUGAUGGUUCAUGGUAUGGAAAUUGGGGAGUUUGCUUCACUUAUGGCUCUUGGUUUGCACUUGGAGGUCUAGCAGCUGCUGGUAAGACUUACACCAAUUGUGCUGCCAUUCGCAAAGCCGUUAAAUUUCUACUUACAACACAAAGAGAGGACGGUGGAUGGGGAGAGAGUUAUCUUUCAAGCCCAAAAAAGAUAUAUGUACCUCUAGAAGGAAGCCGAUCAAAUGUUGUACAUACAGCAUGGGCUCUUAUGGGACUAAUUCAUGCUGGACAGGCGGAUAGAGACCCCAUGCCUCUUCACCGUGCUGCAAAGUUGCUCAUUAAUUCUCAGUUGGAAGAGGGUGAUUGGCCCCAACAGGAAAUCACGGGAGUAUUCAUGAAAAAUUGCAUGUUGCAUUAUCCAAUGUACAGAGAUAUUUAUCCAAUGUGGGCUCUAGCUGAAUAUCGAAGGCGGGUUCCAUUGCCUUCCACUGAAGUUUAAUUUAGAAUGGUUUGAGCACGAAAAGGCAAAGGCAUUUUCAUUAAGAUUGAGGCAAAUAAAGCAAAUAAGUUGUGUGUAAUCAAGCUUAAUCAAUUUUUUCAUAUUCCUAUGUUUAUUUCCUACAUAUAUUGGUAGAAAAAUUAUUUCAUGUCGGCUUGUAUAGA